AUGGCCAAAGUCAAAAAGAAUCUCAACUACCAGCGUUACCUGGACCUCAGCAAGGCUGACCUGGAGCUCCCUUCCCUGAAGGAAGACGAUAAGGGGUACUGCACUGUUGAGGUUGGGGAGCGUUACUGUCGCGUGGAGGGCUGUGUCAAUGAGACUCGCUUCACCUCUGCCAACAACCUCCGCAAGCAUGUCCACAAGCAGCAUCCUUUGGUGCAUCUGACUGGGGAGGACUCCGGUGGCCGCCCUACCCAGGGUGAGGAGGCUCAGGCCAUAAAGUUCUACAAUGCCCUCAUGAAGGCCUACGACGAUCGCGAGGCAGAGAAGGAGGAGGUUUUGCCUCCUCUCCCUCUUAAGCAUGAUGGAUCGGUGCAUAUCACCAGAAUGCGUCGCGCUAUUCGCGCCCUGAAACUUCCUGUUCCUUGCGAGGUCUGCAAGGACAACGGCACUCCUCGGCAAUGCUGCCAUGACGAGGUUAUCGACACUUGCGAGCAUUUCGAUAUGUUCGUCGACCCUCGUGUGGAGGUUGAUGAGGAGGAUGAGCCUGAGGAUGAGGAGGGUGAGGGCGAGGCUGAGGCCGAUGAUGGGGACGAUGCGUAG